AUGAACGCAAACGCAUUGCGGGCGUACUAUAGGGCGAAAGGGGAAGAAACUGCGGGAAUAGUGUAUCGGGCUCGGAAGCACUGCUUUUUUGCUGAGCUGGAGCCCUCUAUUCCUAUAACGGAACAAAACCUGGCAGACCGAGUUCGGUACAUCAUGCGCUCGAAAAUAUUUGAUGAUGCCGAGCUCGAACGACUACGACGUGAGGCCAUUCCCUCAUCGAAUGAAUUGGCUACUAUUGGGGAUGCGGCUCCUCAGGCGACAGACCAGCUGCCACGCGUAGAAGCCGCCGUGGAUAUUCCAGUUGUGGUUGAUUCAGACGAUGAUGAAAUGGUCUCCCACGAAAUAGAGCAAAUGAGGAGUAUAUUGGAAGAGGCGAUUUUGGAAACGCGCAGCAUGCUUCUCGAAAAUCGACCGCGACUUCCCCGCAUACCCCUAAGCAAGCGAAAUCGGGAUGUCGUGAGGGCUCUUAACCCAAUGCUGGUAACCUAUUUGGAAGCCAGCCGGGACCUUUGCGAGACGGACUCAGUUCUUUUUGGCGCCGCAGUGGCAGCUUGCCGUAUUAUUGGCGCCAAACUUCCCAUGGCUGGACGCGCUACUAAACAAAGUAGCGCCAUCCCAGCCUGGAGAAAAAGAAUUGAGGACCGUAUCGCAAAGGCACGGGCCCUUAUCAGCAGACUGAUAAGCUUCAGGUCGGGUAAUAAUAGACCGAGGGUUGUGCGCACCGUUAGAAUGGCGUUUGCUGGGACAAAUAUCAGUUUAUCCCAGCUGCAUAUCACGCAAACUAACGGAGCGCAUAGACGACCUGAAGCAAAAGAUUGCUGCUUGGGGGAAGCGGAUUCGCCGAUUUACCGAGAGGUCAAGGUGGUUCAACCAGAAUCGUCUCUUCCAGAGUGA